AGACACCACUUGGUUAUCCCCGAAUCCGCCGUUAGAUAAGCCUUGUGUCUGGUCAUCUCCCUUCGUUGCAGUUUCGCGUGACACACAACAUCCUUUGAUAGGAGUACAACGUCAUUGUCAAAGCGUUAUCUAUUAAUUUUCUUAUAUCUGCCUUCGCUAUCGGUGUUUUCAACGACGUCUUUCCUGUUGCUCAACCACCCUGGACCCCCCUCGCCACGCAGUCAAUGACGGUCCGUCGUCUAAACGGCGGAGAUUGGUCUCCUCUCCAGCGAUAGGAAGACACCCAGAUUUGAGAUUCCCCUCGCAUAAUCCUUGUCCUAGGUUAAUGUCGUCGUUGUCGAGUUCUGCCUCCUCCGCUUCCUCUACACCCGCUACUGCCUCCGCCGCUUUCUCCGCCCCGGUCCCUGGUGCUGGUAUCAGGUCUCAUGCAGCACGUUCGGAUAGUUUAAGGGCAAGGGAUGUCCCUGGAUUGGAUAUGCAGACAGAGAGGAGGCGGGCCACUCUCACUGUGCCGGAUCGCAAGAGAAGAUUGACGAACCCGGAUGGCGAUGCUUGUCCGAGACGACCAAGGUCCGAGACGGUGAUAGAACAGGGGUCGAGCAGUCGAGCAGGGGCAAGUAGCAGGCCUAUUUCGCUGCUGCCAUCGCACGUGCGACCUGAAUCUGAUAUACCUGGUUCUUCGAAAGCUACGCCGAUCGAAUUGUCGUCCUCGCCACCAGCACCAUCGCCUCGCCGGUCGACUGAUAGCCAGGGUCCGCGGCCACAGGAAGGGAACAAUAGUGGAUAUAUGGAGUGCGCGCUGCCCCGGUGGCAGCCUGACUCUGAAGUUACGGAAUGCCCUAUAUGCGCGACAGUGUUUAGCUUCUGGUUUCGGAAACAUCACUGUCGGAAAUGCGGACGUGUCGUAUGUGCGUCUUGCUCGCCUCAUCGCAUCACGAUUCCCAGACAGUAUAUUGUUCGUCCACCGGAUUUGAAUCGCUCGCCAAAGUCGGCUAUCAUACCACCCCGCACAUCGCAGAUCAUUGAUCUUGAGGCAGAGGGCUCUGCCCAACCUCCAACUGCCAUUAACCCGGCACUGGGUGGUGGCGAGGAGGUGCGACUCUGCAAUCCAUGUGUUCCUGACCCGAACCCAGAACCACCUCGUGGGUAUACCACCCUCCGAGCCAAUGGUGAGUAUGGGUCUGGUGCAAGUUGGAUGCAAGGAUCAUACCUGGUUCAACCGAAUCAGUCUCGACAUCGAUCUUAUCAUUCCAUGUCGACGCCGACAAGGCAAACGCCGAGUGGUAUCUUUUCAGAGGAUUCUACGCGCCCAGGGCGGAGGACUGUUGGGGCGAAUGACUAUCCCUCCUUUAGCGGGUUUGGCACGAGUUUUCAAGAGCGUCCAAUGCGGUUCCGAGCUUCGUCGGCUUCGCAAUAUCCAUCUUCGUCUAUGCAUUCAUCGGCGCGUUCCUUCCUAGCCCAAACAUCAUCGCACCGGCCUCUACCACCCCUAACGAGUGAAGGUAGCAGCUUGUCCCCGCCGAGAUCCUGGCGUAACCCCAUUAUACAACGCCCUCGUGUUGAUGAGCGCGACCUUUGUCCCAUUUGCAACCGCAGACUCCCCGCACUAGGCGAUGGCGGGAACGAGGAUGAGCGAGAGGCCCAUAUCCGCGAGUGUAUUGACAGUCAUGGCUCGCGAUCACGCUCAUCGUCUCAGACUGGUAGCCCAGCGACGCAACCUCCUGCCCUACCAGUUCGAAUGAUAGCUUUCACCGCCACCGAAAAGGACUGUCUAGCACAGGAAGGUGGGAUGCAGGAGUGUACGAUUUGCAUGGAAGAUUACGAGGUUGGUCAGCCGCUGGUACGACUGGAGUGCUUAUGCAAGUUCCACAAGCGAUGCAUUAUUGAAUGGUUUGAGCGGAAGAAGGAGUGUCCAGUCCACAAAGUCUCUUGAUGGAAGAAGGCUUGGUUAUGAUGGAUCUCUAUUCAAUUGUCCUUUGUUGCUAAGGGUUUGGCGUGCUGCUUUUUUACGCUUUGUUAUCUUGUCGAUAUCCCCCCAAUUUCAAGUCGAUAUACCUUUUGCAGGCGUUGAGGGAUGGCGUGGUUGUUUGCCAUUUUUGCUUUUUCUCAGGGUUAUAUAUUCUUUCAUUUAAAUUGAGCG